CCGGCCUCGUUGCCAACUUUGCUUCCUUUUCUCUGGAUCCCUGGCUGGUUAUCGCAACAGGACUUCUCGCGGGGUGGGAAGAAUAGACGUCGUGCUGCGCCGGCUGAGUGAGUUUCCUGUGGAGCUUUGUUGUGUGGCGACGUGCUUGCUCCGCCGAUCCAGACUUAGCCUCUAUCUCAAAGUGGUUUUCAGGCUGUAUCUCAAGACUAGCCCUGGAUCUGCAUAUUGUAGCUCACGAUGUUCCUUUAUACCCGCUGUGGAGAACCUGCAGCUUUGCAGACUUAAUCUUGAAUGAGUCCACUCUGCUUCCUAUCUUCUGUGGCAUUCUGAGGGCCAGGCCUGAUCUUAGAGUGUCUGAUGGCAAGUAAUCUGCUGGAUCUUGAGGGACAAAAUGAGGAUGAGGAGGAAGAGGCAGCCGAGGAAGAUUUCAACACACAGUGUUCAGACAGCACCUAUGGAACUGAUUCCCCAGACAUAUGUGGUGGUGGUGGUGGUGGUCAUCCCACUCCUGAAGAUGAAAAUAUAACAUGCAGUCACUCAGAGAGAAGCCAAGAAUUUGAUUUUCAGCAUCUGGUUACCUGCACAUUCUCAGUUUCAUUGGCUAUCCCACUUAUUCUUCCAACAAAUAAGCCUUGGCAGAUCACUAAACAAGAAGUGCAAGUAGCAGGAUCUAAAUUAAGAGAAGGACAUAUUCCAAAAAUGCAUCGUUUCUAUCAUAUGGAGUAUUUUCUUCUACCAGAUGAUGUUGAACCUCGAAAAUUAGAUUUGGUAUUGUUUGGUCCAGUGGCUAAAUUAUUUCUGGAAACAGAAUCUAAGCCAGGGACUCCAAAAGACAGUGAACGAGGCAAGUCAAAAAAGCCAACCACGCUGAAUAUUUCAGUAGUGAAACCAUGGCUUGAAAAUGACCAGAUAUGGGUUUCAUGGAACCACAGUGUUGAAAUUAACGUUACCAAUGACUUUCUAAUAAAGCUAAGAGAACACAGCAUAAAGUUAAGGUUGUGGGAUCUCAAGGACAAGGUUUGUUCAAAAGCCAGGUUUAGUAAACUAAAGAGUAAUCUAACACAAUCAGAUCAAGGAGAACUUGAAGGUAACGUCAGGUAUAUGGUUUUAUAUCAGAGAGAAUUCUUAGAACGUAAUCAAGUCAAACCCAGUAUCACAAAGGUUAAACCAGUAGUACCCUCUGUGCAAAAGCAGCCAGCAGCCAGUGCUUUGUCAGGUCUUCCCACUUCAGCUGUGAGCAAGCGCAUGGAAAAUGAAUCCAAGGCUAGUGAUCGAAAAUACUCUCGGAAAUUUAGUUCUCCACAGUCCCCUGUAAAACCUGAUGAAUUGCUCCGUUCACUGAGUGCAGUCAGUUUUUCUGGGAGCAUAGCAUCUUCUUUUAAAGAAAGAACCCUUCAGGAAGCUAAAAUUAUAAAACAGAAACGGCGUCACUCACUGCCUGCUAAACUGUCAGCGUUAACAAAACCUGAUGGGGGGAAAUUACAAAGUUUUUCAGACAGAAAGGAAACAAUGUCUGGGGGUUUCCUCCAAUUAUCAGAAAAGCAGAGGCCAUCACAAAAAAGCAGUGGUUUCACUACCGAAAAGAAAACGAAACAGGCCUCUCAGAAGUCAGCUGGUAAAGAGGCAGCUGCCUUGGCAGCACAGGCAAGGAAGUUUGGAAUAGCGCUUUUGCAGCUGGACCUCAUGCCCCUUCUAGCAGGUGAACGCUAUACAGCCAGUCGAUUGGGAGAGAAGUCCCCCAAACUUACUGAAGCAUACUUAGGUUUUGCUAUUGACAGACCUAUUAUGAGUGAGAAACACAAACAUGACUUAAAUCCACUGAUUAUUAGGAUUCAGUCUGCAAAAUGUCUACCAACUACCCCAGUUACAGUUGAAGAGCUGCAGAGAACUUGCAUUCCCAUUUACUGCAAAUACACUUUCUACAAUAUGUGUCCCUAUCAGACACAAGGUCGAGAUCAUGGAACUGAUGUCUUCUUUAAGGAUACCAAUGUGAUUCUUGUAGGAACAAUAGAACCUGGAAAAUUGAGUGAAUACCUGAGAGGUCCACCUUUGGAAAUUGAAGUUCAUGACCGAGACAGGAAAAUGGAAGAUAGCAAGAUGAAGCCAUCUUUGUUUGGAGAGGAACCAGGAGACAGCAAGAUAAGUGACUUAAGCACUGUUACUUCGAGAUACAUGGCCCAGAAUCCCAUUACAGCCACAGAAGGUGUUUGGAACCCAUAUGGAGUAGCUAAAAUCAACCUGAGUGAUUUACUACUAGGUGAAAAGACCUUGAAUUUUUAUGCACAAAUUCACAACUGCUCAAUUCAAGAUACAUCUCUAUCCGAAGGAAAAAACACCAGCCCGAAGACUAAGAAAACAGAUGAAUCUCAAGAUGUUCAGUUUCCAAUGAGGCAUUAUGUAAAUGCAGAAUCAUAUCUUAAAGUGAGAGUUGAAAUAAGCAUACCAUUAGGUCCCGCAGAGGAAGAAGGGGAUGCUGUUGCUGCACAUUGUCCAUAUGGCUGCAUCAUUUAUCUUUUUGAUUAUAAUAAUACUUCGCUCUUACAUUAUUUGAUGCAAGAGAUUACAGAAAUUAAUGCAGAGGCUUUUCUGUUUGAUUCCUAUUCCACAGAUGUAACUCAAAAAUCUCUUAAUACUUUGAAACUGAAUCAGAAACUUUCCUUGGAAGAGAUUUCUCAGCUAGAUAUUAUUACUGGAUUUCACAUAAUAGAUGGGUCCAUUCACCUUUUUAUCCUGGAAGGUUUCAGGAAUAAAGCACUCAAGAGGUUGUGGAAUAAAAAGAUUGAUAGGAUGCAGGAAACUAAACACGGCAGAUUACAGAUAUUCUAUAAUUCACAUUUGUCUUUUCACAAGCGCCUGUAUAUAGAUCUUGAAGCUGUCCUGCUUCACAUCCGUCUCUGCAAGCCACUGUCAAGUAUCAUGAAGCAGCCUUUGUUAUACAUCCGGGAUAUGGUUCCUCAGCCAUGCUUUGAAGCUCUUUCCAGACUUGAUUACAUCUGCCACAGUAAGAAAUUAAGGGAAGUGGUCCAUUGCAGUCUCUUGCCCUCUGCAGAAAUGAUUACAGUCUUGAGUCAGGAGUUUGGGGUUCCCUUGACUAAAGCUGACCUGUUUGUACAGGAGCCCCCGGAGAUCUUGUCAUCAGUUGGUACAGUGAAAAAAUAUUCGCACAUGAGGGAAUACAGGUCCUCCUGUUUGGAUAAUUGUAAUAAGAAGUAUUUACUGAGAAAAAUUGAACAAGAAAAUCAGGGACCACAAGACUAUAUCCAGUCCAAUAUUGAGUAUGUGAGCUUCCUCAGCGAAAUGCUUGAAAGAGAAGUCCCAAGAACUGUCAGAGCUUUCCCUUUGAGUGAAAAAGCUAUCUUUAACUAUAGUUGUCAGACUCUGAAUUCAGCAGAAAUGGCAAAGCAGCUACUUCGCGAAGAAAUGACACAGAUGCCAGGAAAAAGAUUUGCUUAUAAUGAAUAUUUAUCAGGUAUGUUUGACCCAGUGGAUGAAGACAGUAUAUUAAAGGAAUCUGUUGAACACUCAAAGAAAUUGUGGUUGUAUCCUGGAGGGUUUGCAAAUCCUGGAUUUAAGAGCAGCAUAGACUCCAACAAGCAUCCCCGUAUGCCUGAUGAGGCACGACUGAUGGAAUUAAGAGAGAAAUGGCAGGAGAAUUUUUUCAAUGCUAACAUUAUGAAGCCAGUGUUGGAUCGGGAUAGAUGGAGAUGGGACAAACGGGAUAUUGAUUUUGAGCUUUACAAAAAACCUGUGUACAGAACCCUGGCUCCUGACACUCGUGGAGAAGAGCCUAAGAUACGAAUACCUUGCAACACUGCACUGAAAGUUCAUAGGUGCUGCCCGGCAACAGAGCUCAUUUCUAGUGGACCCAAAGCCAGCUGCCAGCUAGCUCGCCUUCAGGGUCUUCUGAAGGAUAAACCUGUCAAGUUAUCUCUAAAGAUGCAGCCUCCUCCAGCUCUGGGAAUUUUAGAUAACAUGGAAGAGAGCAGUCCCUGUAAAGGAUUUGUUCCUGGGCCUGACGUUCACCACAGCUUGAUGUCAAGCCACAAUAUUCCAUGCUAUGACAGGGCACACAAUGUAUUUAAAGCUCUGAAAGGAGCAGAUUUCAGACUAAUUUGUCAGAAACAUUCAUAUCAUUACAAGAGAUAUCCCCCGCAGGAUUCACAUUUAAAGAAUGUCAUCUUAGCAGCGGAUAACACAGAGAAUGCAGGUAAUGUGGGAAAUGGUAAUUAUAGGCAGUGUAUCUGUAAAACAGUGGGUAAAAAGGUGCUGUAUCCCAGAAAUCUACUGGUAAUUUAUUUACAGGUAGUCCUCAGGUUAUGAUGAUAAUUGGGACUGGAAUU